AUGAUUCCCGAUAUUCCUUCUGUUGCCGAUCUGAAGCAAGCUGCCGAGAGCGGCCAGCGAAUCACGUCCAGCGAUGUGUCGGCCAUCUCGCACGCCGAGAGUCAAUUGACAGGGCGUGGACCACUGCGUGGUGGACCAGCAGCAUUCGCCCAGAGCCUUGCGAUGCGACAGAUGAAUUUUGACAGCAAGCUAGACGAGAUAUCACGGAAGCCACCACACACAAUCACACAUGAAGAUGCACGUGAGAUGCAGGCUAUUGAGACGCGAGCCUUCAACAAGCCACCAGGUCUCGGAUCUGUUUCAGCCCAGGUGCGUUCGAUUGCCGACCGUAACGAAGUGUUGGGAUUGCCAGUGGCAGUGAAUUUCUCAUCGAUUGUAAGCAAGGCUGAAGCGGUGGAAGUUCAGACCGAGUCAGUGCUGUAUGGACCAGGAGUGGCAGUGCAGCCGCAGAUCCGUGGAAAUGAGUUGACAGAGUAA